UCCGUGCCCGAGGUAACGACUACCGAAGUGUUGUCGGUAGUGGAGGCUGUGGCGAUUAACCAAGCUGAUCCAGAGCCAAUCAUAGCUGGGACCGAGAUGAUUACUACUGAGGUUGCUCAUGCCGAGGUGCCACCAGUUUCCCCGAAGUCGCUUGAGUUGGAGCAGCCAGAGAAGAGGAAGAAAAAGAAACUGGUGAAGAUGGCGGACGUCGGUGCUUCGUCCGGAGUAGAGAAAAGGUCUAAGAAAAAGCAUGACUCCGGUC